UAUGAUGAUGAUGCAUUCUUUGAUGAUGAGGCAGAAGAUAUGUCAAAAAAGUCUCAAGAAACCAAUUGCUAUGAAGGAUAUUUAACUAUGAAAGGAGGAGUAAUGAAUGUUUGGAAGAAGAGAUGGUUUGUUCUCAGAGAUGAUAAUUUGAUGUGGUUUAAGGCAAAACAGGAAGCAUUGAAGUCUGGUUGGUUAAUGAAGAAAGGUGGUGGUACUGGUACACUGUCAAGACGCAACUGGAAGAAACGUUGGUUUGUUUUAAAAGACACAUUAUUGGUGUAUUAUGACUCUGACGCUGAGUCUGCUAAACUGCUGGGCAAGAUUGAUAUUAGGGCAGCCAAAGAUAUUGUAGAUGCCAGCAGUGCUAGAGAGAAUGCCUUGAAUAUUGUCACAUACAGUAGAGUGUAUCAUAUCGUAGCUGACACUGCCGAUGAAUGCAGUGAAUGGUACAGUAUUCUGAUGAAAGUAUUUCGAUGUAAAUACAAUGAACUGAAAGAUUUACAAGAUGAACAAGCUAAUCCUAAGAAUGCCAUUGGCUCAUUGGACGUGGCAUUGAUUGAUUCUCUCCCACCUAUCAACAUACCUUCAAGACCCAAUGCCUUUGCUAUAGUCACUGCAGACAGAGUGUAUAACAUGAUAGCAGAAUCCGCAGAAGAAAUGAACAAUUGGCUUACAGUACUUUACCAUCAUAAAACACGUGAUGGUUACAAGAAACAAGAUACUUUACUGAGUGGUUGGUUGAGUAAAGAAACCCAUGGGUCAUUAGCCAAAGGUGGCUCUACAAAGAAGAAGAGAUUCUUUGUAUUAACGGGUAACACCAUGGACUUCUACAAAGGAGUGGAAUCAACACAGAAACUUGGAACUAUUGUAUUGAAUAGUUUAUGUUCUGUUAUUCCCCCUGACGACAAGGCAUUCAAAGAAUUGGGUAUGUAUUGA